CUCAUCGUCACCCCUACCCUGUAGCCGAGAAACUCGAGGGUUCUCUAGCCCCAACGACCAUUGAGCGCGGGGGUAGAGAUGGCUGUUUUAUCCACCCUCAGGAAAGAGCAGUUUGCUCAGUUUGCGCAGAGCUACUCGAAACACAGGCCCACAGUGCAACGAGUGCUAAACAUAUCUUUUAUUAUUUAUACCCUCGGUUCAACAUAUCUCAGCCUCACCAGCAGGUCCGGGAAGGUCUCAGAUGAUAGUGGGAGGAAAGGACGACGAGGGAAGGGCAAAGCUGGCGAGAACAAACCGACCAAAGUUGAGGUUGACGCACAGUUCUAUGCCAGACUUGGCCAUAUUCUGAGAAUCGUCAUCCCUGGUGUCCGCUCGAAAGAGGCUCUGCUCUUGUUUAUGCACUCCAGUUUGCUGGUUUUCCGAACAGCCAUCUCCUUGUACGUUGCCGCAUUGGAUGGAAAGAUCGUGGCUAGUCUUGUUCGAGCGAAACCUCUCGAGUUCUUUUAUAACAUCCUCCGAUGGCUUUUGGUCGCGAUUCCCGCAACAUGGACCAACAGCUGGCUUAGCUAUAUUCAAAACAAGCUGGCCAUCGCAUACCGUACCCGUCUCACACAAGAGGUCGUAAUGCAAUACCUUGGAGAGGAGCACGAGGGCCCAGAUGGCAAAGUCUAUUAUAAGCUAUCAAAUCUGGACGACAGAAUCAAGAACCCUGAUCAGAUGAUCACUCAUGACAUCCAACGCUUCUCAUCACACCUCGCCGCGAUCUACUCCAAUCUAGCAAAGCCCGUACUAGACGUCAUCCUCUACAACUACCAGCUCUCACAGAAUGUCGGUGCUGAAGGUCUACUUGUCUUGACGAUUCUCGUCAACUCCACUGCUGUCCUCCUGCGAUACCUGACACCCCCUUUCGGCACAUACACGGCGCUCUCUGCUCAACUUGCUGGAUCCCUUCGCCAUACUCAUGCUCGCCUGGCCGAGUUCUCUGAGGAAGUUGCGUUUAUGGGUGGCGAGAAGACAGAGAAACUGUUGAUUGAGCGGGAGUAUUCCAGUGUGAUGGAGCAUGAACAUAACGUUCUCAAUGCUCGUUGGUGGUUCGGCUGUAUCGAAGAGGGUGUCAUCAAAUGGCUCUGGGGAAGCUUUGGUCUCGUCCUCUGUGCUAUUCCAGCGUUCUUCAAACUUCCCGGAAUGAAGACCAUUGACCUUGGAAGUCGUACCGAAGGCUUUGUGACUAACCGACGAUUGUUGUUGUCGUCCUCAGAUGCUUUUGGCCGUGUUAUGUAUUCCUAUAAGGACAUUGCUGAAUUGGCCGGAUACACUUCCCGCGUUUCCCAGUUGUUAGAGACCAUGGAUGACGUUCGUAAGGGCAAAUUCGAAAAAGCGCUUGUCAGCACCGCUACCACGGAAGAGAACAGCCAAAUUUUGCGUUCUCGAGGUGAAAUCAUUGAGUCUGACGAGAUCCAAUUCGAGAACGUACCGAUUGUGACGCCAAAUGGUGAUAUCCUUGUGCGAAGUCUUAGCUUCCAUGUCAAACCUGGGCAACACCUCCUUAUUGUCGGACCAAAUGGAUGUGGAAAGUCAUCAUUAUUCCGUAUUCUUGGCGGCCUUUGGCCUGUAUAUGGUGGCAUUGUUCGAAAACCAGCAGCGUCUCAAUUCAUCUUGAUCCCCCAGAGACCGUACCUUUCUCUCGGCACGCUUCGUGACCAAGUUACCUAUCCUCAUUCGAAGGCGGAGAUGGAGUCCCGUGGCAUCAGAGACGAGGAUCUUCUUAGAAUCUUGGCUAUGGUGAACAUGGACGGAGUGGUGGAGCGCGAGGGAGGCUGGGACACAGCUCGGGAGUGGAGGGAGGCCCUGAGCGGUGGAGACCAGCAAAAGAUUGCAUGGGCAAGGCUGUUCUACCACUGCCCAAAGUAUGCUGUACUCGACGAGGCCACUUCACUGGUGCCGUUGGAGAUUGAGGGCCGUAUGAUGGAGCACGCGACCAAAUUGGGCAUUACACUCUUGACAGUGUCGCAUCGGCCUUCGCUUUGGAAGUACCACUCCCUGAUUCUGCAUUAUGAUGGCCAAGGAGGAUAUGUCUUCACCAAACUGGACGCUGAAAAGCGAUUAGCGCUCCAGGAGGAGAAACAGAGCCUUGAGGCCAAACUGUUGGAAGUUCCCAAGAUGCGGGAGCGACUGGCGCAACUCAAGUCUCUAUAGGAUACCUAUAUAGUCUAGUGUAUGUGAAUUAAUCUCACACUGUAAUCGAAUGAAGCUGGCAUGUGA